AAAUGUUUUUAAUAUUUUCAAGAUGUUGGAUAUAUUUAUUUUUUCUUUAAUACUUUCAUUAUAAAUUAUUAGAAAGAAUCGUAGGAUGUUACAUUACUCCCAAACUAAUUUUUCUUAAAAUUUAAAAUUUUCCUAACAUCCUUUGUAAUUUUGGCUUUGGAUGGUAAUAUAGAUUGUGUUUGUGGCUUGUAAGAUAGAUUGUGUCCUACUAAGAAUCAUUUUAGUCAUAGUUAGGUUGGUGGGCAUCUUCUGUUGGUCUAAGUCCAAUGCCAACCAUGUGUUUGUAAAAUUGCCUCUUAGGAAAAAAAAGCAGAAGGGUACUUGAAAGUGAGGGGUACGAGGAAGAUAAGUUGUUGACUUACAAGGUUGUAUGGUUAUGGCAAAUAGUAGCAUCAACUCGGUGCUUCAUCAGGGGUCAAUGUUGCCCCAUGAAUUUCCUUUAGCUUCUCUACAGAGACCUGCAAGCUUUCAUUCGUUUUCUUCAACUUGGGCUAUUUCUAAUGGAGCCCUUCAUGUCUCACCAAAAAGGUGGAACUGCAGUGCUUCUUCUUGUUGCUUCCGUUUCAGGGAAUGCAGAUGCAGGUGGAAACGAAUUGUCAGAAGCUGCUCCACCAGUGAGUUUGUUAUUUCCAAUGAUGAAAACUAUAGCAACAAGCAAGUUGUUAGUCUCACUCCCCGCCUUUAUGACUAUGUCCUAAAAAAUGUUCGAGAACCAGAGAUUCUAAGGCAAUUGCGACAGGAGACCGCCUCUAUGCGUGGAAGUCAGAUGCAGGUGUCCCCUGAUCAGGCACAGCUGCUCGCAAUGCUUGUGCAGAUUCUUGGAGCAGAACGGUGUAUUGAAGUUGGUGUUUAUACUGGAUACUCUUCACUAGCCAUAGCAUUAGUUCUGCCAGAAUCAGGUCAUUUAGUUGCCUGUGAAAGAGAUGCCAAAUCUCUUGAUGUUGCCAAGAAGUAUUAUCAGCUAGCUGGUGUUUCACAUAAGGUGGAUGUAAAACUUGGACUUGCAAUGGAUUCCCUAGAAUCUUUAAUUCUGAAUGGUGAAGCAGGAAGCUAUGAUUUUGCGUUUAUUGAUGCUGAGAAAAAAAUGAACGAGAAAUAUUUUGAACUGCUACUACAGCUGGUGAGGGUUGGAGGUCUUAUUGUAAUUGAUAAUGUCCUUUGGCAUGGAAAAGUCUCUGACCCGCUGGUAAAUGACCCUAAAACUAUCAGCAUUAGAAAUUUUAAUGAAAAGUUAAUGGAAGACAAGCGUGUAAGCAUCAGUAUGGUACCUAUUGGAGAUGGGAUGACAAUCUGUCGAAAAAGAUGACCAUUUUUGAAUAAUUUUUUUGGUAAGUUCUAUGCAAUUGAACUUACUUCCUCCCUUUAGGAAUAAUGCUUCUUGAGGCCUGAGGAAACCAAAGUUGUAUAAUUAGCAAAAGAUCAUUGGAUGUUCUUAGAACUUGUGAUUUUGCAAGGUCCAUUCUCUUAGGCUCCUUUCGGGGAAGCAUCUGUAAACUAGAUUUGUGUGAUCUUUGUCUACCACAAAUUUUGUACGCACUAUAGGCAGCACUUUUAGCAACCACUAUGUUAGCCUGAUACUCAGUGCCCUAUUACUUUUAGAGGCAGAUGUAUUGUACUGAGAGAAAUACUAGUACUACAUUAUUUAACAGAUUCUUUCAAUACGUUUUAUUAUUGGUUGAAA